CCCGGGAGGGGGGGGGGGGGGAAGAAGGAGAGGCUGCUGUGGGCUGCAAGGUGUGAGCCUGCCCGGAAUGUCCGCCGCCACUGCUGGUGAGCCAUGGCUCUGCGGCUGGUCACUCACUUCGACGUGCUGGAGGACGUGCUCCCGAGUCUGCUCCCGCAGCCGGCGACAUCAGAGGAAGGAGACGGCACAGGUGUUUUAGAAACAACUUAUGGGAGCUUACGUGUGCUAAACAUUGAAAGAAAUGGAAACAUUAUUUAUACUUAUAAGGACAAUAAGGGAAAUGCUGUCUUUGGAUUAUAUGACUGCCAAACCAGACAGAAUGAGCAUCUGUACACCUUUGAGAAGGAUAUGCAAGCUGUCAGUUGCUCAGUCAACAGCGAGAGAACAGUGCUUGCUGCAAGUUUCAUUCAGUACACAAAAGAAGGAGUAAGGACUGAACUUCAGCCAGGAUCGAAGUGCCUAACUUUGCUGGUUGAAAUCCACCCUGUCAACAAUGUGAAGGUUCUGAAAGCAGUGGAUAGCUGUAUCUGGGUACAGUUCCUCUACCCACAAGCUGAAAGUCAUCUUCUUCCACAGAACCACCUGCUACUGAUUUCAGAAGAGAAAUAUAUUGAGUGGUUUCAUAUCCAGAUCACCAAAGAAGAUGGAGACCGAGUGGUGAUUAGAAAUUCUAGCCAUCUCUCAGGAGAAAGAAUAGCUGAAGACUUUGUUUGGGCUCAAUGGGAUAUGUCAGAGCAGAGACUAUACUUCAUUGAACUAAAGGAGUCAAGGAGUAUCUUGAAAUGCAUCCAGUUUUGGGCAGAUGAAAGUUUUAACUUAAUGUUUGAAAUGCCCUUGGACAUAUCGUUAAGUGGCUUGAGAUUUAAACUCAUCAACUUUGGAUAUGAUUAUCAUCAGGACCAAGAGAAGCUAAGCAAUCAGCCUUCUCUCUGCAUUUUUACCAACCAUACAGGGAGUCUGUGUGUGUGUUACAGCCCAAAGUCUGAGUCUGGGGAAGAAAUCACGUAUUCAGUGUUUUACCUCCAUAAAGGAUACAGAAAGACCUUCACUGCAGCUCCUGGAAGCGCUGACACACAGGUCCCUAACGGAAUCACUUUCCUCAACCUUGGCUGCUUUGUGGCUGUUCACUCCCCCGGCCAUUUCCUUCAUCUACUUAACAUUCAGCAUCCAGACUUGAUUUGCCACAGUCUGUUUCUGGCAGGAAAUGACAAAAUGGCUACUGUGCUACCUCCAAGUCCUUUGCAGUCCCUGCCGGGGUCCCUGAUUGUGGACUUCUAUUCUGGAAAGGUCUAUAGAGCAACCCUUGACCAGUCAUACUUGAUGCGGUUCCUGUGGAACGCCCGUCUAGACAGUGAGAAAAUGGCUGCACUACACUGUAUGCUAUCCUGUGGUCAAGAUCCCGGUUUCCCAGAAGAACAGAUUAUCCAGUGGAUUUCUGAGCAUGUCCCUGACUGCCAUUCUUUUGACCUCAUUCAAGAAUUUCUAAUCGCUGCUGCCUUCUGGAGUGUGUAUCCAGAGCUGGGUGACAUGGACAUGUUCUUGCCAUACUCUUCUCUGCAGGCUUGGAACGCGGAAAUUCCUGGAAUAAAGCUCGUGACAGAGGAGCUCCCACUGCCUCUUAUGAAGGUCUACAGCUUGAAGGGGUACUGGGCAAAGCUGAACUCCAACCUCGAGUAUAUUAAGUACACGAAGCCUCGCUUGCACUACCACAACAGCAUCGUGAGGAGAGAGUGGCACAACCUGAUCUCUGAAGAGAGAACGGGCAAAAGGAGAUCCACGGUGUACAUGAGGAAUAUUCUUGAGAACGCGAAGAAGGUGAUUUCUAACAUGGAAGCGAGGACACUGGAGCCAAGGCUAAUACCUCUCCUACAAGAGGAAGAUAGGCACCAGAGGCUGCUCAUGGGGCUGAUGGUGUCUGAGCUGAGAGACCAUCUACUGAGACACCUACAGGGCAUAGAAAAGAAGAAAAUUGAACGGAUGGUUCUGAACUACAUUUCAAAACUGCUGGAUCUCAUUUGGCGCUUGCUGGAAACCAGUUGGAGGAAACACAGUGGGCGUCCUUGGACUCUCCACCUCAAUAACCAUGGGAGUGCUGCAGAUUUUGAAGUCUUUCAUCUCAUGACCAGGAUCUUGGAUGCUGCUAGCAGUUUGUCUUUCCCUCUGCCGCCUGGUUUCCACUCUUUGCACACGAUCCUUGGGGUCCACUGUCUCCCCUUGUACAACCUACUGCACUACAUUGAUAAUGGAGUGCUGCUGCUCACUGAGACGGUCGUCACGAGGCUUAUGAAAGAUCUGGACAAUUCAGAGAAGAAUGAAAAACUGAAAUUCAGCAUCAUUGUACGGCUCCCUCCGCUUAUUGGCCAGAAGGUCUGCCGGCUUUGGGAUCAUCCCGUGAGUUCCAAUAUCAUUUCACGGAACCAUGUGGCCCGGCUGCUGAAGAACUAUAAGAAAGAGCCUCGGAACUCUAUGAUUGACAAAUCAUCAUUUCCAGUAGAAUUUCUGCCUCUGAACUACUUCAUUGAAAUUCUGAUGGGCCUGGAGUCCACCAACCAAGCACUGUAUGGCUUUGAAGGACAUGACAAUGUGGAUGCAGAAUUUGUAGAGGAAGCUGCUCUGAAACACACCACGAUGCUUUUGGGCUUAUGAAAGUGAACUCGCAGAUGACCGAUUUCAAUGUUUUCGCCUCCCUUUCCUGGGAAUUCUUCCACCGUCUUUAAGACUGGGAGCAGGUCGGAAUGCUUCACAGAGCUGUUUGGCUUCAGUACAGCUCUUGUUCAGUGGCAGCUGCUACACCUCUGGGUCAAGCAGCCAGCAAACAGCCACGAGCAAGACCAGGCUCAGGGCCGUGCUCUGUGCAGGGCCUGUGCCCUUCUCGGCGGCCCAGCAGACCUGCAGCUCAUUCUGUUGCCCUACAGAGUCUCAUAGAAGACGUAGGGACAAUGCUCAGAACAGUGGGAGCAGGAAGAUCAUUGGGAAGAACAUAAAACCGGCGGGAAAGCUAGAUGUUAUGAAGAGGAUUUCAGAAGAACCUGAAACUAGAGUAAACAAGAUCUGACCUUUCCAGUACGGAGUAACUGUAAGAAAUAAUCAUUUGUACAUAGGGGACUUAAAUCUGCCUGUGCCUUUGUGGUGGUUCAGACAGAGCCAUAUUUAAUUUUAUAUUUAUGAUUUAGCACUCUUAUCAUUAAAUACAACCUCGAAUGCCGAAA